AUGCACGCAAGCCUCAAGGUGCGCGUCAUGAGCCACAAACGCCACACAUCGGAAGCUGCAUCAUGGGACAAUAGUGACGACUCAGCCACAGAUGCGUUCCAGGGUCUGCCUGUCUUGUCCAUGUCGAGGCCCCCAACAACUCAAGAAGUCAAGGUUGAUGCUAUUCUUUUCUCCAGCGGACAUCGUCUGUCUCACCAAUGGAAACCCAAGGCCCUCGUGACUUAUGACGCAAGGGGCCCGGUCAUGCCCGGCGGCAAAGAGGGCCAAGCCGGUUCGGCAGCUCCCAGGGCUAGGGAGGAGACGCGGCCUGUCUCCGCUCUGCAACGGGGAACUCAACGUGGGCGGCGAAAAGACGUCAAAUCCUCGAUAUCGCCCUUGCUCCGAGCUCGUAGGGCUGGGCAAGACCGGCAGGCUUGCGGCAAGGCUAGCUGUGGCUGGUAA